CAUCAUUACAACCCGUUGAAUGCCACGUUCGGAUGCGACCUCCCGGACCCCAAACGGAGCCCCCCCAUGACCAACAACAACCCCGUCCUUUCCCAUCUGCUGUCACUCACAUCGACAUCCCGUCCAUCGACCGACACAAGGCGAUAUCGUCUCGUCUCGUCUAAUCUGGCGUCGACCCAAUGGCAGUUGAGGCAACUGUAAGUCCCGGGCUUGAGCGCCGGCCGCCGUUACGUCUGGGUGCCGCCAAGGCAACGCCGCGACUCUUCGACUCGUGCCUGUUUUCCCGCCAGGGCCAUUAUAUCGAUCCCGUCUUCUCGUCCACCCGACCAUCUGCGUCUCUCCCUACCGCCCCGGAGCGAACGGGCGUUCGGUCGUCUUUUAGCACCGGGAAUAACGACCUCUGCAGAUCUCCGUCAGCUCAUUUCUCAUUUUGCCUUCACAUCGUCGGCUUCACAUCAACUCUGCUAUCCACCCUGGAUGGGACAAGAGACUGGAAUCAUGAGAUGAUCCAGACAACCAGACCAAAUCAGGACCAGACGGUACUGAGAUGGAUGGCAAGCUGCGAUGCUCUGAUCCAACUACGAGGUUCAUAUGAUUUCUUAGCGUCCCGGGCGUCCGCAGCUCUCAACUCGUGCCCGCUGGUCCGUGGUUCGACCCAAGCCUCUCCCCCAGGAGGAGGGAUCAGAGUCCGCCGCGCUACUUUGGCCCUAGGUUGCGCCCCCAUUGUGUCAACUCAUCUCUUGUCGCCAUCGCGGAUCUUGAUUCGCGGAGCAUAGCCUGGCAUGUCAAACGUGGUCGACAAUGUGUAAUUUGCAAAGCCAUUCUUCUUCGGAUUCCCAUCCCAGAGCGAAACAAAAGGCCUAA